AUGCUGAUUGAGGCUUUUUCCGAUGAUAAGUACAUGCUGAUGUUAGCAUUAGGAAGCUUUCCCAGAAAUGUGGCAGACUUCAAAGACUCACAAGUGCUUUUACAACAGAUUAUGUACGUCGAUUACGAGCUUCAGAGCCUUCUCUAUCACGACUUCGGAGGGCUCCUUCUUUCUAAGAUUUCUCCGUCCACAUGUGACGAAAAGAUUUUCGACAAGGUAUCGCAAUUGAUUACUUUCAUUAACACCAUUGGCUCGAGUGCUAGCUUCCAAGGAAGAAGAUACGAGGAAGAGUUGUUCUACACUGUCGUUCUGGCCCACUUGUAUAACUUGAAUUCCGAACCUGAAAAAGUGCAUAAUAUUCUUGAGCAAUUCCGUUUCGACCAAACAAAUAGACUGGUGACGAUUGCCCAACAAGAGUUCAUCGCUUAUUUGACUGCAAGAUACUUCGUUAUGUCUGGAAUCUCGUCACAUAGCUCAGCAAAACACUGGAACCAGUUCUUGGUGCAGUUACAGAAAUAUGGCUCUAAAAAUCUGACGGCAGCAAACUUAUGGAUCACCAAGAUUUUUCAAAAUGUACUUCUGCACUUGAGUGCUGAUGGUGCCAGCCCGUUGACUUUCAGGGAUUUGUUAUCCCAAGAGUUUUCUGAUAAUGCAAACGCGUUUGUUGGCGUUUGCAAUUAUGCAAUGAGACCAGAGAGCGCUAAGUAUAUUGCCAAAGAAUUUCGCCCGGAUUACGCUGAAUUUUUGACGGAGUUAUUACGGGGAAAAAUUAAGCAGCAUGUCGACUUUCCUGAUGCAUCGAGUGACAAUGGUGCUCUCGAAGAGUUUGUUGAGUCAUUGUAUGGAACAUUGAACGAGAUAUCUGAUGACCGGAAAAUCAUGAACAAAUUACUUCCGCCUAAGUUGUCCAAAAGCUUCUUACUUAAUCUGUUUGAGAAAUCUUACCAGAGUAGAGUUGUUCUUCUGAAUUACAUACAAACAUUGAUCGACCUCAAGGAGUUCGACGAAGCUUUGGCUGCUUUCAAAACGUAUUGCAGCUACGUACAGAUGGAACAAGGCCAGCUUGGUGGUAAUGUCACCAAUAUUCUUGAGGUGAUUGAUGUGUAUUCGACAUGUAUGUCUCAUUUCAAUCCAGCUAGGUCAAUUGCUUCUGAUAUCAAAGCUACAAAAAUGAGAUUCAAAUACAACUCAGUUGAAACUGUUGUGAACGUUUUGGAAGCAUCCAAAACCAAACUUCUCAUGUACUUGGAUAUUUUCGCAAAUGUUGCUGGUUUGACAUACGACGAGGGAGUGUCGGAAGUUUCUGGUAAUGAUUUGUCAUUCUUGUACCAUAGAUAUAACCCCACUUUAUUUUCCGGGGAGCUGCUGAUGCUUGUCAAAAUUAUUUCGAAAGCGUGGUACUCAAUAGGCGAGUACACACAAUACUUGGCUACAUAUGCAUGUCCAAAUAUUGAAAGGAUGUCCGUCAACGUGAACGCAACAAGACAAUACUACAAAAAUGCUCUCGUGGUCAACCCUACUGGAAAUGUGAAGUACCUAACUAGUUAUGCCUUGGCUUUAGCCCACGGCAACCUCUUAAAAUCUGCAGCAAGAUUGUGCAAAUUUAUUUUAAAGAGGUAUCCUGAUAGUUUCAAAAUUUGGAACUUACUUGUUUUAAUAACCUCUGCGACAGAACAACAAUCAGCACUUCUGGAUGAGAACCCGGAGAGUGAUCAUAUUCUGUUUCUAGAACAUCCGGAGAAUGGAAAUGGAAAUGGCAAGGAGCAGAAACAUCUUUCAGACCUGGAGAAAUUUGCAGAAGAUGCAUUGAAUAUCGCGGGCAUUUUCAUUAAGAAAAACAAUCUGACAGGGGCAUCUUUGGAUGCAGACAUCAAGCAUGCAAUCUUACAGUUGAAAAUGACCCAAUUUGCUGUCUUAGAAUCUAAACAUGGGGUUGAAUAUGUCUUGGAGCAGAUUGUAGAAGUGUUUGCUUUAUUUCAAGAACUUUUCUCUGACGUCGAUAUCAUAGGCAAAGACGACAAAUCUGCAGCCAAAGAUGAUGCAGCCGAUCUUGAGAAUAAAAGAAGCGGUCGGUGGUCCCAUCGUCCAAGUGUGAUUGACCCAGUUAAAGAUUUAAAGAAAGCAAUCAAAGAGAAAAGCUCAGUGGCAGAUCAUCUUCCGAAACUUUCGCUUCUGAGUUUCGAAUCUGGUGGGAGGUUGAAAGAAAAACAUGCACAUAAGGAUGUAAUGACUGCCCAAAAGAAUCGAAAUGGAGCCUCCAAUGACCAAAAGGAAGGCGCACGGAUUUUACAACGUUUAUACCUUUGGGCUGCAUCUAUCUAUUUGAAAAUAGAGUUAUUCGACGAAGCUGAACAAUGCAUCGUCGAAGCUGAAACCGUUGCCCCACCUAAUGUUGAAACUUUCACAUUUUUGGGUCUUUUGACAUCCCAAUCAAGAGAGUUCUUGUCUCUUCAAGAAUUUGAGAGAUCGCUCGAACUGCUUGAUUCUUCCGAGCAAACUUUUAGCAAAAGUACGUAUUGUCUCACAUUAUUGGGAAUGUGCAAGUUGUUAAUAAAGGACAACGACAAGAGCAAUUCGUUAUUUGUUUCGAAGAAAGACUUUCAUGCGGGCUUGAUGCGGUUAAAAAAUUAUUUGGAGGCUUUUAGUGCUAGUUACCCAUACGGUUACAACUGUUCCGAAUUGUGGUAUUAUUUAAGCAUUAUCUACGAGACUUUCGAUGACAAACAAUUAUGCAGCGAAGCGUUGUGGAGAUGUGUGGAAUUGGAGAAGUGUCGACCUGUGAGGUCUUACCAACUGUGCGAAGAUUUGAACUGA